AUGUCACAAUCGCAAAUCAAGACCCAGGAGAUAUUGAAAUCUACGACUGAAGCGACUGCUGUGAAAAGUAGCCCGGAGGAAGUUGAGGAGUCUCUAAGACUGAUUGAGGAUUUAAAGUUCUUUCUGGCAACAGCACCGGCUAACUGGCAAGAGAAUCAGAUCAUUAGGCGAUACUACCUCAACAAUGAUCAGGGUUUUGUUUCCUGUGUGUUUUGGAACAACCUGUACUACGUUACGGGAACGGACAUUGUCAAAUGCUGCGUCUAUAGGAUGCAGAAAUUUGGGCGACAAGUGAUAGACAGAAAAAAAUUCGAAGAAGGAAUCUUCUCAGAUCUUCGAAACCUAAAAUGUGGAGUUGACGCCACCUUAGAGAUGCCCAAAUCAGACUUUUUAUCAUUUCUUUUCAAAAAUAUGUGUCUCAAGACUCAAAAAAAGCAGAAGGUGUUUUUCUGGUUCAGCGUCCCUCAUGAUAAAUUAUUCGCUGAUGCCCUCGAAAGAGAUCUUAAGCGGCAUAAUGCGGGACAUCUGCCAACUACUCGACCAGUAAGCGAGCCCGCGCUUUCUUUUUCUUAUGAUGAAGGAUCAGGAAUAUCUCUGUAUGAACAAUUACUGCGGCAUAUGGAUUCUCAACGAAAAGCAGGAUCUCCUUCAACGUCAGCGCUUUCCGCAGCUGGUGAGCCGUCGAGAGUAAGUUUUCCAUCGACUAACAAUCGUUUGCAUGACGCUCAACCUACCAUACCACAAGAAGCUGACGAAGAAGAGGAAGAAUUGGAGACACCGAUACCCACUCUAGGCGACCGAGCACAAGAAGAAAUAUCUACAAACUACGCGCCACAAGAAUUAGUCAUAAAUCCUUCGGAGAACACACCAGGUAAUAGAGAUUUUGAAAAUGACUCCGCAACGCGCCUCUCUGAUUUGAUCAGUACUGUCAAAGAGGAGGACGAUUUUCCUCUUGAUUACUUUCCCGUUGAAAUCGAAUACCCAGGCCAAGAUCAAAAUCAACCUACUCUAAAUUCGGCAUUUUACGAUAAUGAUAUGGAGGGCCAAAUGGUCCCACUGUCGGCAAUACCGCCGUUAUCUGCCGGUUUUUACGAGAAUCAUCAAUUUCCUGAAGAGAUGGCAAUGAUUCCCCAACCGGUUAAUUCGGCAGCACGAUUUGCUUUCCAGAUUCCCCCUCCUCCAAUGUCCGCAGCAAGGUCGAACUUUGUAACAAACGGUGAAUACUAUGCCUCAUUUAUGAAGGAUGUACCCGACAGAGACGAAAAGAAUAUUGAAAAGCAGACUUUGAAAAACAAUGAUGUUUCUGAAAGGGGUGAUGAUUCAAAUGAUGAAGAUGCUCAGAAAGAACCACAAAGCCAUCAAAAGCCAUCUCAUGACCCGCGUAUUUUUCAGACAGGAUAUCCUUAUGCUGGCUAUAUUUCGGGGAAAAUGCCCUAUUCAGUGCCAGAUGCCCAAUUCAUAGGUUCAGAUCCUUACCUCACAAGGGGCUAUACUAUGGAAGAUUUUAUGUGCGACAAUUCAGCUGUCUAUUUACCAGACUCGUUUAGCUUAGGAGCUUAUCCGUCGGGUCAAAAUAUGCAGGUACCGGGAAUGUCGAAUAGACCCUUUACUCCAGGUUUUCGAAUGACCCCAAUUGCAUCGACAGCCCCUUUUAUGUCAAUUGCGCAGUACAACUCAAAACAAGGUCCGUCUAAUUCCUAUCCUAUCAAUCCUUACUACCAACCUUCGCCGCAUUUUCAGAGAUGGGGUAACGUCCAUGGCUACUUGCGAGGGUUUCCAUCUAUUCAAGCAACCUCUGCUCCACAGGGUACACCGAUACAACCACAGCGACCAAUAUCGGGAACAAGAAUGCAUUUUAGCAAACCAGGUAAAAUAAACAAGUCUUCGAGGAUACAGAAACCCGUGCAACGUCCAAAAGGGAAAUCACAAAGUAUACUUUCGAAAUUAAAAAAUACAGACGUUUCGAAUCACCACAAGCAAGAUAAAGGCUCUGAUUAUGAGCAUGCUUAUUCAAUGCCUACUCCAGACUCACACGUGACUGUUGCAAGUGAAAAUCAAAGCAAAGCGAAUUAUGCAUCAGGUUCUGGUGAGAAUGAUGCUAAUAGAACGGUUCAUGAAGUGCUCGAAAAUGGAGAGCAAGAUAAAACCUAUUAUCACUGA